AUAAACAGCCUCCCCGCACCCUGCUUGUGCGCACUCCCUGGGAGCGCGCAGCACCGCAAUUUGGUGCCCGCUGUGUCCUCCGGACACAGUGGAACACCGAUCGUUGUAUGGGACCUCGCACAGGUUGGCCAAUCAGUGAUCACAUCAUUGCUUACUAAGUGUGAGAGGUCACAUGGUACAAGGCUAUUGACAACAGCCUUGUACCAUGUGACAAGCUGUGAACAAUCACGGCUCACUCAG